CUUGCGGACCAAUUCCGACUGCCGACGAGCGAGAGAGGCGGCGUCGUCGUCGUCGGCGACGAGUGGCGGAGCGAGAGAGGAGGAGGGAGAUGGCGCCGGCGGGGAGGGGGUGGAGCCGGACGGUGGGGAACACGAGGUCGUUCGUGGGGAACGCGCUGGGCGGGCUCCGCGGGUGGAGUAACCUCGCGUCGUGGGCCGUCGCCGGAACCCUCGCCUACUACCUUUGGGUCAGGCCGGCGCGCCAGCUCCAGAAGGAGCAGGAGGAGAGAGCUGCGCUGGCUGCUGCUUCGGAUCCUUACCGUUAUGUUGAGAAACGAAAGCCAAUUCCUGACCCCCAGGAUACUGGCCUAAUUUAUGGGAAGAAGAAGGAUCCUACAAAAUCUGACAACUAGCACAUCUGAGAAUAUAUUGUACCAAAACGCCCCACUCCAUACAAGUUUUCGGGGCAACAUGACAAGGAGGAUGAUCUUACUGCAGUUCUGAUGCUGCAAGAUGAAACAUUUCAUAAAUUCGUUGCUUCUACAUGCAACCAAACCAGAACUGGACAGUGUUGAGUUCACUAGUGUGUAUUUGGAUGCAGUUUGCCUAAACUGGCUGGACAAGAGGAAUGUAAAUGCGUUCAGAAUAGGGUCAUCUUUGUAUGGUUUUGCUAGCCAUAGAUGUUUACAUGUUUAAGAAACAGCAACGCACACAGACACGCACAGUCGUCGGUGGGUUGUGCACUUGUGCUAUAGUACUACUAUACAUCUGCCUUUUUCUGUUUGCAAUAAAUCUUUCAGAACUUCUGCUACUGUCAACCGAUAAAUAUUUAUGUGAAAGUAAGAAGUGUUCCAACUA